GCGGCUCCAGCCCCUGCCGACGUGGUUGAGUCGGUUCAAGCCAACGAACAGCUUUGGACAGUCGAGAGGAUGCUCCGCGUCUGUGACGGCGCGGACACCACGUGCAACUGGUCGUUCGUGGUCAACAAAAACGUGGGAUGGAUUGCGCCCACGCCCUGCGAAUUCACGGUGCGCAGCGUCAACGGGCAGAAAGCAAGCCGUUCGCCUUCAGAGGGCUGGGAGUGCGGCCCGUUUCGCGUCUCGACCGGCUGGAACGGACAGUUCGGCGAGUUGAAUGGCUUCACGACGCUCUCACUGGUGGACCUCGGCUGGAAGCUUGCCGCCUUCCCCGCCUACACGGACCAGCAGCUCGACGCCAGUAUCGUGGUCACCCCCGACCUAAGCUUCCCGCCU